AGCGAGUCUGUUGUCGAGUUGACACCCUCCCCAAACCUCGGCAGCAGCUAAGCUGCACAGUCGACAUGGCAAGAAAAUAUCGCAACAAUUUCCUAAAGAAAGAUGAAAAUCUUCCAAGUCUUUUGGAAUGAUAUUCAUCACGCGAUGUGAUCCAAAAUCCACAAUGUGUGAGAACAUUUAAGAACGAUUGAGUUCGGAAGAAAAAAUCUUGAUUCCAGUGGAAUCUUCCAUAUAUUAUAUAUAUAUUAUUUGAUUUUUUUUCUCUGUGUUAAAGCUUAAAUACAUUUACACACACUCGUCCCAUCAACAAAUAACCAUGCCAGUGCAAGCACCACAAUGGACAGAGUUCCUGCUGUGCCCAAUCUGCACACAGACAUUUGAGGAGACUGUUCGCCGACCCAUCAGCUUGGGCUGUGGGCAUACUGUCUGCAAGAUGUGCCUGAACAAGCUGCACCGUAAGGCCUGUCCCUUUGACCAGACAGCCAUCAGCACAGACAUUGAGCAGCUACCUGUCAACACAGCCCUGUUGCAACUGGUGGGAGGCCAGGUUCCUAAGGUUCAGCCAGUUGCCUUGAUUACCAGUCCAGAGGACUCGCAGCAUUAUGAGGAGGCCAGGCAGUGUGUGGAGGAGCUGGCCCUCUACCUCAAACCUCUCAGCAACACCAGAGGUGUGGGUCUGAGCAGCACGGCCCAGAGCAUGCUGAGUCGACCCAUGCAGAGGAAACUGGUAACUCUGGUCCACUGCCAGCUGGUGGAAGAAGAGGGACGGGUUAGAGCCAUGAGAGCUGCCCGCUCUCUGGGUGAGCGAACUGUCACUGAACUCAUCUUGCAGCACCAGAAUCCACAGCAGCUCUCCUCCAAUCUGUGGGCCGCUGUCCGUGCAAGAGGAUGUCAGUUUCUAGGCCCAGCCAUGCAGGAGGAAGCUCUGAAGUUGGUCCUUCUUGCUCUAGAGGAUGGCUCUGCUCUGUCCAGGAAGGUGUUGGUUCUCUUUGUAGUCCAGAGGCUUGAGCCACGGUUCCCACAGGCAUCUAAGACAAGCAUAGGCCAUGUGGUGCAGCUUCUCUACAGGGCCUCUUGUUUCAAGGUGACCAAACGUGAUGAAGACUCAUCCCUGAUGCAGCUGAAAGAAGAGUUUCGUACUUACGAGGCACUGCGGCGCGAGCAUGACUCUCAGAUAGUUCAGAUUGCAAUGGAGGGUGGGCUGCGCAUUGCACCUGACCAGUGGUCUUCUCUGUUAUAUGGAGAUCAGUCUCACAAGUCACACAUGCAGUCUAUCAUAGAUAAGCUGCAGACCCCAGCAUCUUUUGCUCAGAGUGUUCAGGAGCUGACGAUUGCCCUGCAGAGGACUGGAGACCCAGCCAACCUCAACAGGCUGCGACCCCACCUGGAACUACUGGCCAACAUUGAUCCCAGCCCUGAUGCCCCCCCUCCCACAUGGGAGCAGCUUGAGAAAGGGUUGGUAGCAGUGAAAACGGUGGUGCAUGGCCUGGUUGACUUCAUCCAGAACCACAGCAAGAAAGGAGCUGACCCUCAACAGCCUCCACAGCACAGCAAGUACAAGACAUACAUGUGUCGUGACAUGAAGCAGAAGGGAGGCUGUCCUCGUGGAGCCAGCUGCACCUUUGCUCACUCUCAGGAAGAACUGGAGAAAUAUCGUAAGAUGAAUAAACGUCUGGCAGCUCGCCUUCCUGGCUCAGGAGGGCUCAUGCCAGAUGACGGCCUUCCUCUUGAUGUAGCAGUGACCCGGAAGCCUUCACCCCUCACCAAUGGCAGUGGUGCACCCUCUUUGCCGCAGCUCAUUGCCCGUGGCACCGACACAGUUGCAUAUGAACUGUUGCGUAAACCCAUGAAGAUGGACGGAGGGUGUCCCAGUGCCCCGGGAUCACCACCUGAUGUUCUGGACCCUGCGUCCAAACCCGGCAUGCCUCUUCCACCUCAUGCCAUGGCCCACCAAAGGAUGCAAACGGACCACCUGUCUGGGGUGAAGCACAUGCCUGUGGUAGCCAGAGGUUCUCCAGUGUACGCCCAGCAACAGCUCCCUGAGAUGUGCUAUGAGACUCGCCCACCACCUUCUGCUUCUCAGUAUGAGCCCCCACAAUACUCCACAGGGUACCCCUACCAACAGCCAACACAGUAUGUUCCUCGGGAUUACAUGCGUAAUCCGCCACCACCCAGUGAGUCAGGGCCCCCUUACCAGGACCCUUACCCUGGCUACGGCCCUCCAGAGCGCACCUACCAGGCCCCUCACUCUGGUCCACCCUUCUCCUACCCUCACCCUCCACACCAUGACCGAGGUCGCCACGGGACCUACACUGGUCCACCACCUCCCCCACAGCCUUACCCAUCCCAGAGGGAUGGCCUGGUCAGAAUGAGCCCCGCACCUCUGGAUGUUCCCCCGCCAUCAGGAGGACAGGCUAACUCACUUUACCACCAGGAGCCCAGUGCUCGGGAUAGAUACCCUCCAGAUGGCUACUAUCAACCAGGUGCCCAGCCUCCACCCAUGCGGGCGUAUGUCAGGGGGCCAUCAUAUAGCGGUUCACAGCCCAGCCUGGACUACCUGCACCGACGUCGGCAGGAGCUGUUAUCCCAGCUGGAGGAAAGAAAGGUCAUCUCUCCUCCACCAUUUGCUGCCUCCCCCACUCUUUCUCAUUCAUUCCCCUGUGACUAUCCUCCAGAGUAUGGUGAGGAUAGCUCCAAAACCAUUAUGAAAUGCAGAGAGCCUGACUAUGCAGGGCAAUACUCUCCCUGGUCUUGUGAAACCAUUGGCUCCUACAUUGGCACAAAAGAUGCCAAACCCAAAGAUGUUAUGGGUCCUGGCACCAUGGAGAUGAUGAAUGUGGAGUCCAAGGGUCUGAGGGAACAGUCUCUGGACGCUCCUCGGAGAGGUGCAGAAGUAAAGGACGAUGACCCUAUUAUCCCUUUUGGCCCCCAACCCACUGUAUCACGCUUUGGUGCCAUCUCCCGCACCUCAAAGACCGGCUACCAGACCACCGGCCCUGUGCAGGCUAUGGCCUCCACUCCCCAGAACCCCAACUCUAAACAUAUGGCCAUGCCAGCAGAAUAUACAUAUGGAAGCCAUGUAGGAUGGGGUGGAGCUUCAUACCCCUCCCACCAGACUGCCUCCUCCUCUCAGGGACAUUUCAGUGAGCGCUUAACUAUGGCACCCCCAGACAGAGAACAGUUAAAGAUUGAGCUGCAACAGGUCAACCAGCAGAUCAACCAGCAGAUCAACCAACAGACCCAGAUGCGAAGCAUGGAGGCUGCCAAUAACUCUUUACUGCUGCAGAGGGAGGCCAGUGCAUUGGCAGGACAGCCUGGGCAGCCCGGCCAGGGCCAGGCAGCAGGGGCUCAGCAACAGCCCAAAUGGCCUGCAGGGGGAGCAAGUACAGCUGUCUCCAGUGAACAGCUAAGCCUGGAGCUCCACCAGGUGGAGAGAGAGAUUGGCAAGAGGACCCGUGAGAUGGCUUUGGAAAACCAAGUUGCCCAUGAUGUUCAGCAGUACAAGAUGAAACCUGCAGAGAAUGGGCAACCAGAGCACAAGACUCAGCUGGAAGAAAUCUCCCUCGCUCUUGGCGAGGUGUCAAACGGCUCCAGCAGUCUGCAAGAAAGUGCAGUGGGCGGGUCCAUGCUGUCACUGACCAAUAAGACAUCUGCGUUGAGCCUGUGUUCGGAUCCAGGUGCGACUGGUUCAGAGAUGCAGAAGAAUGGCGUCGUCCAUUCCUGCUCUUAAGCAGUACACACUUAAACACACACACACACACACACACACACACACACACACACAUACACACACAUACACAUGUGCACAUACAAGAUGCUCAGUUGAAAAGCAUGCACAGGCACACAUACACCCAUUCUAUUUAGAAGAUGAGCAGUAUCUGCCGUGAUAUGAAUUUUCUUUCUUUUUGUUCUGUGAAUGAGCUUUUUUUAAUGACUUUCCUUGCCUGGAAACCAGGGCAUAUAACAUUUCUCGUGUGUUAAUUUUUUUUUUCUUCGUUUUUUUUGUACCGGGAUUAUAGAUUUAACAAGGCUCACAAUUGAUAUAUCUGGAAGAGAAAAUGGUGGUGAUGUUGACAGGGGUAUUGUAAUUUCAGUCAAAGAAUAUAGGCCUAUUCCAUCCUUAGUAAACACAAAAAAAAGUAUUUAAUUUAUCCUCCCCAUAUAAGAUUUUUUUGUCAUGCAUCUUGAUGAACGGUUAGAUACAGAUGAUCAGAUUAAUAAGCACUAUCACAUCACAUGCGUUCUAAGAAACAUCUCUAUGAAGAAACAGCACAAGUGUGUCACUUGGUACUCACCCCCAGAAUCGUAAAAAGUGGUUGCCCAGAUUUAGAUGGUCUGAGGAGGGAAAAGCAGUACAGUAUUCCACCAGUAUUUAGCUGAAAUGGAGACGCGAGGUGUUUUAGACAUCACUUUUGUACCACAUGCACGUCCUCUCCUGCCACGAGAAGUAUGAUUUUAUUAGUGCAUUUUAUGAACACAUCAUAUGUCUGUUUCAUACUUGAAAGCAGUAUACUAUAUAUUUAAUUGAAGCAUUCUGUUUUAAGGAUUGCAACAAGUCUUUUUGAUAACGAGCUUUCCACGUUUUCUAUAAGGGAAUCUACUAUGUGCUUCUCUUGGUUGUGGCGUGAUCUGAUGCAGUGCGGGCCACAAGGCCUUUUCGCCCGUGCUCCGCAGGGCUGCAUCCAGUCCUAGCCGGGUUUGUUGUGAAAUUCUUUUGCGGCACGCUCAAAAAUAUAGUCGGUUUUUUUGGGUGAGUGCGGAUGAUCGGGCUGAGAGAGAGCACAUCUUUCUGCCUCAGGAGUCAGGUGAAUGAGUGUCAACUUGACCGUUUAACGUCAGGGUAAAUAAGGAUUUCCCUCCUCAGAGCUUCUCAUCUGGCCACACAAAAGGCCUCCCCAUUGGGAUUAUCUUGUCAUUUGUUCUCCUAACUUCUAUGAAGUUGCCUUCCCUUGUGUUUUUUGUUAAAUUUUGUUUAAAUUUUUGAAUGCUUUACGUUGUUACGAUUUUGGGGGGUGUGACCUACCUAGUGAAGGCUUUCUAGAGCUUAGUUGAUCGUGUGUCCUUCUCUUUGUCGUGAAAUGGUUGAAUUCCAAGCGAAACCCAGAGUUAUCACUGGUGCUGUUGUAGUGUUUUUAGCUACACAGCACUUUACAUAUGGUGUUUACAACUGAGGAUAUUAGUGUUGGUUACUGAGGGGUAAACAAAACAAUCUUUCAAAAACAAAAUAUCUGUCCUGAAAUAGCAGAUUUGAGUAUAUUUAAACAUCUUUAUUGGUGAGUGGUAUUCUGUUCACUAUAUCACAUCUUUCUUUUUUACACCUUGAUGUCAUCAUCGCCACCAUUACGACUAUUGCUCUUUCUCCAUCAUGUAAAUUGUUUACUGCUGACGCUCAGUGGAGCUCUUUGCCUUUGGUAAACAAUUAGCAUGAUUGGCUACAGUUUUACAGCGCCGCUGAGACCUAGCGAGUCCUUGUCUUUGAACGGUUGAAGAAUAGAUGAGACACUCUUGGUCAAGUCGUUUUAGUUUAACGCCGAGCCUUCGUUUUGGUCAGACGAGGGGUACUGAGAAACUGACAGAGUUUGACAAAUCCCUGACAACCGAUGAGUCAAAUGAAUAAAGGCACAAAUGUUUUUGUGUUUGACAUCCUCAUCCGAGUUGUUAGAUGGGCAUCUCUUCCAAUUUGUCAGCACCAUGAUAGUGGAUGUUUGUUUUUGUUUUGUUUUUUCAAAUUUCUUACCACACUUCAAGCCUCUGACUGCUCCUCGCUACAUUUAUUGUUUAGGUACACAGCUCACCUAUACAUAUGAGUAUGUAUACAAACAUUAAUAUACUAAAGCACUAUUAAUGUGCCACCUCUUAUUUUACUCGCGCAGCAUUUAUAUUAAAUGAUCUCUACUUAGAAUCAGCAAUUUUCUUUUAUUUUUUUCUUGAUUUAUUCUGUCCACUGGUUGCCAACACAGACUUUAUCCUUUCCCAGAUGAAGGACUUCUGUGCGCAUUGAUGUGUGUUCACUUAAUCUUUUGUGUUCAAACAAAGAUGUUCUUUAUAGACUAUGCUUCCGAAGAAGACAAAAUUACUUUGGAAAAUUUAUGGAGACGUUUUGUGUGUGCUAGAUUGUAUUGUAGAAAAUGUACCCUAAGUUUUUUUUCCCCUCAAAGUGUGCUGUACUGGGUGAUAGUGUUGAGGUAUUAGAAAAAUUGUUGGGGGUUUUUCCCACCCCUGCCCCCAAGAGGAUAUUCAGGAAGUAUCUGAUGAAAGGUUGGCCUUAAAUUCUCUUGCAGUGCUCCUUUACCACGUCUGCUUUAGGAGCAUGAGGUGAUCUCAAAAAUAGUGAUUAACACUGAAUUGGCAUGACUUAAGAGUCAUACACACGGACUCUAGUAGAUUCUCCCCCCUCCCCUCUUUUUGGAAAAUGUCAUACAAAACUGCAGUAAUGCGCAUCUCUCGUGAUUUGAAGCAAAAUAUGUAUUUUUUAUUAUUUUUAAGGAAAUGUUGUUGACCUAGCUGGGUUUAUAGUUUAUUUUUUCUUUCUCUUGUUUUUUUUUUUUUGUUUUGUUUUUGUUUCUGCAAUAGUUGAGUGAAUUUGCUGACCUGCAAGUCUUACAUUCUUUAAUGCAUCAUCUGACCUGAUGUGUAGUCAACAGCUAUAAGAGUAUCUGAGUGACAUUCACACAAUAGCUUUGUUCUUCCUCGACAACUAUUUACAGUAAUUGGCCUACCAGCUUAAAUCUGCAGUUAUAAUUCCAUGAAUUGGCAACAUUUAAUGGUGUUAAUUCAAGUCAUGUUGUUACUCACUUUCUCUAAGUGCAAGUCAACCAAAACUAUCACAACGCUGAUUCUACCUGACGGGUCCCUGCAGGUUUGAAUGAGCCUAAAACGCCUUUAGCUUAGCAGAACUGACAUACAAUGACGUAUGGCGUGGUUUACUAUAUAGUAAAUAGCAAAGAUAUUCAUUUCAAUCUCCUGUGUGUUUUUGUUUCUGAGUGGAACUGCUGCCUCUACCCCUCAUUUACAUAACCAGUUAACCCCUCCACUCCCGACCUUGACCACUGAACUCUGUUACUGCUGUUUGAGGCUCACAUUUUAUUCCCUGACUUUUGGGGGAAAUUCGCAAAUGGCUAUUUUAUAUGAUUACUCCCUUGUAAAAUAUCUCUUAAAUUAAGGUACAGGUUUGAUUUCAGCAAGAAAAAAGAAGUUUUUAUAUGUAUAUUAUACUCCAUUAAGGAAUGUCUAGAAUUAUCUUCCUCCAAUGUGGAUGUAGCCAUUAUUACGCCAUUUUAUGACUUUGUAAGAGAAUUCACUGUGUGAAAAUUGGUUUGCAUUUUUGUAUAAUACAAUCUGCUUUUUUUUUCGUUUGAUACGAGAGGGAGGUCAAACUGGAAGUUUGAAGAGAGAAAAAAUGAACCUGUGAAAUUGAGAAAACAAAGUGUAACUUAUGUACAACAGUGAUUCUAAGCUGAGGGGGAAAGAUUAAAUGAUAUUGCUAACUCAGAA